GGACUAAACCAUGUAGUACUAUAAAUUAUGUUGGUGGGAUUAUUAUUCCCCAAAUAGCCAAAGACUGGAAAGCAGGUUAAUCAAAUUCCAGUAAACUCUCAAAGAGAAAACCAAAGUUGCCAAAAUUAUACUGCAAAGAAAGUGAAGAAUGGGAAGCCAACCAGCACAAAUUCCGACCAGUUUUGGACAUGAACUAAGGGCUUGUCUUCGUUGCCGUCUUGUCAAAACAUAUGACCAGUUUAGGGAAUCAGGCUGCGAGAACUGUCCCUUCUUCAAGAUGGAUGAAGAUCACGAGCGUGUGGUGGACUGCACUACUCCUAAUUUUACUGGCUUGAUCUCUGUCAUGGAUCCAACUAGGAGCUGGGCUGCCCGGUGGCUUCGAAUUGCACGGUAUGUCCCUGGUUGUUACACACUUGCAGUGUCUGAGGCACUUCCGGAAGAUUUGCAGAAUCUUUGUGAAGAUGAACAUAUCCCUUAUGCUCCUCCAAAACGCCAUUGAUCAGACAGACCAGCAGUGAUAACAUCAGCACAUUUUGGGUUUUGACAUGGGAAGUAGUCGCAUAUUGCAGCAUCUAAAGUAAAUUUAGGGUGUCUUUAGGAAGCCGGGACAAAUGUUAUGUAAUUAAGACAACAAAUUACUGAAAUUAUCAUUAACCCCCCCUAAUCUGGAAGCUGAACAUAUUUCAUGUCUCUGUGUCUCUUAGUCAUCUGCUUUGGUGAACUCCGGUGUACUAGUGUUCAUGUCACCUAUCAUAUUGUGGUCUUUUCUCGUAUUAAUCUUUAAGGUGAUGUGUUUGUAGUAGAAAGGGUUGUGUUAAUCAUUUUCCCAGCCAACUGUGAACACUAUUUGUUGGCUGCACCUUAUAUGCUUUGUUAGUAGUA